GUGAGCCGCUUGGCUCCUCCUACCUAUGGACUGGGGAGAUUCAGAGAAAGAACGGGCAGCUGAGUGUGAACAAAACCUCUGUAUAAUUUGACACUUGACACUUGACAGGGUGAUUCUAUAGAGAAAUCGAAUGAGGACUUCGUGAAACAAAAACAUGUAGAAUACCUUGCAGUCGAUGUCACAGCCCAAAAGGGUUGAUAUUUGGGCAUUUUUGCAAGGUAAUAAUAAUUAUUAUCGCUGGUUUAUUUUGCAUAAUGGCGUCCCCGGCAGAACAGGAGCUUACUUUGGCAGAAACUGAGAGCAGCAAGGAAAAAGACCAAACGUUUGGCAUCCUCAGAUUACAAGAAGAAAAAUCGAACCACAAUAAGGCUGCCAGUAAGCAGGCGGGGGAUGGGAGGUGGCAGGCACCCAUAUUUGCAUUAGCCAGGAAAGCUUCAGAGACGCUGUCAGGAAGCAUCCACGUCCUACCGAAAGCAGUUGAGCAGAAUAAAACGUCUCCUCAUUUUUCCGAGGACUGGGUAUAUAAGGCUAUAAGAGAUCCCAUGGCAGUUGAACGAGCAAACUUGUUGAACAUGGCAAAACUCAGCAUAAAGGGACUGAUUGAAUCUGCUCUGAGUUUCGGUCGCACCCUGGACUCCGAUUACCCCCCCCUCCAGCAGUUCUUUGUUGUAAUGGAGCACUGUCUUAAACACGGCCUUAAAGUGAAGAAGUCUUUCCUGGGCUAUAAUAAAUCUCUUUGGGGACCCCUGGAGCUGGUUGAGAAGCUUUGUCCAGAAGCUGGAGAGAUAGCUGCCAGUGUCCGUGACCUGCCUGGGCUCAAGACUCCCUUGGGUCGUGCUCGGGCAUGGCUCAGGUUGGCUCUGAUGCAGAAGAAACUGGCAGAUUACCUGCGCUGCUUAAUUACAAGGAAGGACCUCCUGAGUGAUUUUUACGAGUAUUAUGCAGUAAUGGUAGAGGAGGAAGGAGCAGUUAUCGUUGGGCUGUUAGUAGGACUGAACGUGAUUGAUGCGAACCUGUGUGUGAAAGGAGAAGAUCUGGAUUCACAAGUUGGAGUUAUUGACUUUUCCAUUUACCUCAAGAAUGACGUUGAUGAUUAUAGAAGUGAAGAAAGAAGUGGACAAAUUGCUGCAAUGCUGGACCAGAAGAACUAUGUAGAAGAACUGAAUCGACAAUUGAAUUCUACAGUACAUAGCCUGCAAGGCAGAGUUGAUUCCAUGGAGAGGUCAAACACUAAACUGAUUGAAGAGCUGGCAAUAGCAAAGAACAAUAUAAUUAAACUACAGGAAGAAAAUCAUCAGCUAAGAAAUGAGAACACCAUCAUUUUGAUGAAAGCACACCAACAGCUAGAGGUGACGAAGGUUGACGUCGACAGUGAGCUGGACACAUACAAGCAGUCGAGACAAAGGAUGGAUGAGAUGUACAAUGAAACACGCAGACAGCUGCGAGAGGAGUGUCAGCUGAGACAGGAAGUUGAGAAUGAACUCAUGGUGCAGGUGAGCAUGAAGCAUGAGAUGGAGCUGGCCAUGAAGCUUCUUGAAAAGGACAUCCAUGAAAAACAGGACACCCUGAUUGGUCUGCGGCAUCAGCUGGAUGAGGUCAAAGCCAUUAACAUUGAGAUGUACCAAAGAAUGCAGCAUUCUGAUGAUGGUUUGAAGCAGAAGAAUGACAUAAUAAGCAGGCUUGAGGAGAAGACCAAUCAGAUAACUGCAACCAUGAAGCAGCUGGAACAAAGAUUACAGCAAGCAGAGAGGGAGCGCUGCACAGCCGAGGAUGGGGCCAGGAAAUUCAAACAGGAAUUUGUCAAUAAGGCCGACAGCCUGCAAAAGCAGAUUUCCCAAAGAGAGAAGCAGUUAACUCAGCUGGAAACGGAUUUAAAAAUAGAAAAGGAAUGGAGGCAGACAUUGCAGAAUGAUCUUCAGAGGGAAAGAGGAACCAUAUCGCAACUCACCACAGAGGCACGACAGAUCAAUGGGCUUAAAAAAGAAUUUUACAGAUUACAAGAUGAAAAUUGUCAGCUGAAGAGAAUAUGUGAAGAGCAAGAACAAGCUCUCCAGGAGUUGGGUUACAAGCUCAGCGAAUCAAAAAUUAAAAUUGAAGAUAUAAAGGAAGCAAACAAGGCACUGCAGGGGGGCCAAGUGUGGCUAAAAGACAAAGAUGCUACUCACUGUAAACUUUGUGAAAAGGAGUUCUCAAUCUCCAGGAGAAAACAUCACUGUAGAAACUGUGGCGAGAUCUUCUGUAACUCCUGUUCAGACAACGAGCUUCCUCUCGCAGCCUCACCAAAGCCAGUGCGGGUGUGUGACACCUGCCAUGCGAUGCUCUUACAAUGCUGCUCCUCCAACUCAGCAUGAGAACCAGGUCGUCUUAUGCUGUACAUGGUACACUACUAACACAGCCUUCGUUCCAAUUACAUGGAUUUUCAAAAGCAUUUUUUUUGUCUGCAAUGGAAGUUCACAAAGCCAAAAGUGAAACACUGUUCAUCUCAGAUGAUAUGUUGACAGUUUAUAGUACUUCAUCAAAAAAAAAAAUAUAUAUAUAUAUAUAUAUAAUUUUUGCAAGCAGCUUUUUAGCACUAGAACAUAAAUGAUUAGAUAAUGACUGGAAUGUUUUAUUUUUAUUUAAUUUUUGUGUUGCUUUUAACACAAAACAUCAUGGUUAUUCUUUGUCCUCAGCACAUAUUUUUGAUAUACUAUGGAAAUUAUGGAGUACCUAAAGCUGAACGGUACUAUAAACAUGUCAGUUCAUUGUCAAAACCUGGGUGGUGGUUGUUUAAUUGGUUCAAUUAAACAAUUAAAAACAUGGCUGUUACAAAGACCUGGGCCUUAAUAAAAUCUAAAACAUGGUGGUGCAAUUUUUAUUGUAAAGUGCAUCUAUGGCAUCAACAUAUAAACUUUUUUGAUUUAAUUCGGGUCCAGGUCUUUGUUACAACCUUGUUUUAAAUUGUUUAAGUGGUGCAAUUAAACCUCUGUCUAGUUAUAUUUAAAGGUAUUGAUUGGUGCUUUUUAAUGUUUUUAAUAUAUAUGGAAUCAAUACCUGUAGUACAAAUGCAGUACACCGAUUAAUAGGAACAAACUGUUAGUGUGCCCUCUGCAUUAAUGGAUUACAGUACAAUUUAUCUAGUAAGAACUAGCUUGAUCCUUGCACUAGUGACAUUUGGAUGAUUCAGAAUUGUGUUUGUUGUAUACGUGUAACAUUAAGGACUUUGUUAUGGGGGAAAAGGAGGGAAGAAAACCCAGCAUUGUUUCAAGUUUGCUGGUUGAGAAACGGCGACUACAUUCUGGAUGACUGACUUGUUAGCACACAAUGCAGUAUGUUUUAACAACUAGGUUACACGAAGCCAGUUUCAUCAAUACAUUCUGGGCACACUAACUCUGUUAGACUACGUUUCAAACUUUAUUGUGCUAAUGUGCCUAAAAUCAGUAUAUCUUUAUUGAAAUAUUACAAUUUUUAUUUUUAUGGUCCUUGUAUACAUUCAGAUAAUUUGAAAUACCUGUAAGUGGAUUUUUCUAUUCUUGAAAAAGCUGGAACGUACUUCAUUUGAAAAUGUGGUCCGAUGCAGUAUUUUAUGUUCGUUCUAAUAUUUCAACCAAUAAUUUUUAUUGAAUAUAAUAUGAAUUUAUAAUUUAUUCCAGUACAGAAAUAACAAAAUAUUUAUAGCACAUACAAAACUAAUGUUUUAUGUAUCAAUAGAAGUUAACAGGUGUAUUUUAUAUAAACUUACUGAAGUAUGUUUGUGUUUAAUAUAUAAAAGGAGGUGUAACUGCAGUGUACAGAAAUGGAUGUACCCAAAAGGUUUAAAACAAUAAUUAUAUGAUAAAUUAUGUGUGAAUUUAAUAUUGUGUAGCAUUUUAGUUGUGUAAGCUUAAAGAAAUACUUGGUAUAAUUGUGGUACACAAAACUUUAUUUGGUAAAGCAUUUUAUUUAUGACAAGCAGACUUUUUGCAUUUUUUUUUUUUCCCCCCGAUUUGCUGACAAAACUGAUUUAGUAUACAUAUUACUCGAAUACUAGGAGUAUUUUUACAAACAAUGUAUAGGCUUCAUGAUUGCUCUUAUAAUACAGCGUCUCAUUUCUACGUUAUGCAGAUUACUUUAUUUAAUAACUUGUAUCCAUGAUACUGUUUUUGUAUCUUGCAGUUUUUAUGAAAUAGUACUGCAUUAAUAUGAAUCAGUGCACUGACUAAUUUAUGACAAAUUCAUACUAUAGCUAUGUACUGUCUAUUCUGCAUAGUUGCUGUGCUGGUUUAUAUCAUUAAACAAUAAUGCAUUAAUUAAAAUUGAUUCAAAGUCUGUUACUUUUAGGCAUGUACCUGCUUAUACCCAUUUUCAGGCCAUCUGAUGAAAAAAAGGACACCCAGAUACUACGAUUUUUAAACAUAACAAAUUGUACAAUCUGUUUUCAAAGGUUAUAAAAGGUGGACUUUUAAGAAUGAAGUGCUGUUACAGUUCAGUACUUAGUAACUCCAAUGUAAGUUUAUAGAAGUAACUAAAAACUGUUUUAAGUCGCCAAACAAAACUAAAGGCCAGUUUUGGAAAUAAAGCAACAGCAAAAAAAAAAAAAACA